AUGAAAGACAAGAAAAAGAAAUCCGCUGGUCCUAGUUCUGCGUCCAACGGCGGUAGUGGCUCCAAAAAGGGCAAGUCGUCGACUCCAGAGCCUCCGGCCGAGCUGAGUCCAGCCGAGAUCAAAGCCGCGAAUCGGGCCAAAGCAGCUGCUGGCCGAGCAAUUGUCGCCUCGUCCUCGUCAUGGACGGGCAAACUGCCAGCCACUCUGCUUUAUGAACAUUGUCAGAAGCUGAAAUGGGAAAAAGUCAACUUCGAUGCUGUAAGUGGAUCGUAG